AUGGUAAAGACCAACUUAUAUUUUCUUGACCUAGUAUUUGUGCUGCUGCAACUAACCCUGGUAUUCGUGAUUCCUGGAUAUGUGCAAGCAUCUUAUACCUCACAUAUACAAGCACCUUACAUGUUACAGACGGAUAGUGCGCCUCGACAACGUCCAGCCGUUCAACGGGCACUCUCAUCGAAUUGGCAGAAUCAAUAUGAAUCAAGAAUGGAGUAUGCAAAGAAGAGCUCAAACGAUCAAAAACACGCAAAUGACGGCUUUAUCGAUCCCAAAACGGACAUCAACUCUCAUGCAUCAGUACCAUCGGGACAAACUGCUCAAUCUCAACAAGCACAAAUGGAAAGAACAAUACUAACUAGAGAAGAUGCACGCAAGCAUCUGAUUGAUUUUCAAAGAGAGCAGCUUGAAUUUACUGCCUUGAUUCAAUGCGCGCACGUCAAUGUAUGUAAAAACGAGUAUCAUUUUAUAAAUGUGCAAAAGAAUCGUUUAAUAAGCCUGUUCAACUAUGUCUAUCUUAUCAAAACAUAUGUUAAAAACAUAUACUACAUGUACAACUUUAUGGACGAAAACCAUCUAAAUGUGAUUUUGCCCGCAAAUUGGAAUAGUGUGAAAAAACGUUUAGAAUCACUUGAUACCGUGCUAUGGCAGAUUGCAAAUGAAUAUGUGCUCUUGGGUUACGAUAACGUAGGCCUUACGAAGGAUAAUCACAGGAUUAUGGGUGUUGAGAUCGGAGAUACGAUCUUAGGCGAUUCUCUGAGUGAACUAGCCAUUGUGCUGAAGAAGUUGAAAGAUCAUAGCAAGAAAGCCGAGAACAAAGGUCGGCAGAUCGAGGAUGCAUUGCGUGCUACUGAAAAUUGUAAUGCUGAGUUCGGGAAGAUAAUGACUGCACUGAAAGGAAGGACCAGGGGCAUGAUUGGUUUUGAAAAAUUUGAUGAUACAGCACUGCAACAAUACAUCGAAAGGGCAAAAGUGCAAUAUCAUGAAGAAAAAACUGGAGGGUUAAUGCACACAAUUGAUCCCUUGGUACAGAACAUACAGGAUUGGAAGGGAUACAUCAACAGGACUGCUGAUUCUAUUUUUAGUGAUCUGAGAAAACGUGGAGAAAAUGAGAUUCUUUCUAAAUCUAUAACGGUGAAGCAACGUAUAGGCAUGAUAUACACUGCACUAAGUGAUGGUAUGUAUGAUUUUGGUAGCGUGUUUGCUAACAUUUACAGGAAAUCGACUGCUCCCGUUCCAAUAUGCAAUGGACCCUCACAGCCUCAACCACUUAAGCAAUCUCAGAAAAAUCAACCUCAGCCACUUAAGCAAUCUCUGCAAAAUCAACCUCAGCCACUUAAGCAAUCUCUGCAAAAUCAACCUCAGCCACUUAAGCAAUCUCUGCAAAAUCAACCUCAGCCACUUAAGCAAUCUCUGCAAAAUCAACCUCAGCCACUUAAGCAAUCUCUGCAAAAUCAACCACCCCGGCCAUUCCAGCAAUCUCUGCAAAAUCAACCACCCCGGCCAUUCCAGCAAUCUCAGCCAUUCCAGCAAUCUCAGCAAUUCCAGCGACCCCAACAAAUGAAACCGACGUUGCAGGUAGACGCUACAGAAAGCAGAAACUUCAAGACCGAAUCUGAUUUUAUGCAAUUUUCUGAAAUAGAAGAUGAAUAUAUCUUGAAGGAACUAAAAAAUAUUGGAUUGUUUGAAGCAUAUGAAGCAAGUAGCGAAUAUGAUAAUACACCCAGAACUGGGUAUCAAAGAUUUUACGGUGAUGAUCACAAUAUCCGUUAUUAGCAGGGCAACCUAGAUUAAAAGUUUAAUGAUGAGGUA